AAGUACGCUCAUAAUAAAAUAAAAUUACGUUAAUAACAAUCUCUAGAAGUUCAGAUCAAAGUUUUGGCUCCUUUGGUUAUGGAAUAGUAUUUACUGUUAUUAAAAAUGCUUAGCCGAUUAUGUAAAAAAUUUAAAUCUAUUUGUGUACUAAGAAAUCCUUUAGUUCUUCGAAAUUUACAUUUUCAGAACAAAUGUAAUCAACAAAAUAAAGUAUUUCUUCGAAAAAACUAUUUCUCACAGUACCUAAAAAACUAUAUGUGUGACUACAACCGGAAAUUAUCAAUACAAAUGGAUUCAACACGAUUAUCAGGAAGAAAAUUAGUCGGAAUUUGGUUACUGACGUGUAGUGGCAUGGUAUUUUUUGCUGUUACUUUAG